GAAGACUGCAAGUAGUGAAGGAAACAAGUCAUCUUCUUCGUCGUCCUCGUCGUCAGGAGCAGCACCAAACGACAGUAGCAGCAGUACCACGAUGAAGAGCGCUUCAACAUCUACGAUGAAGAGCGCUGCAAUGAAGAAGAGUAUUAACAUUGGGAAGCUGCAGGCUCAGCGGAAGCGAGCUGAGAAAGCAGUAAUGAAAUCAGCAAUGAAAACGGUAAUGAAGAAAAAAUGAUGAUCGACAACUACGCCUACAAAAUGCACUCCUCUAUUGACUAGAAGUCUCGUCCAGGACUAGUAUUUGCUGCUGACGACGGCGCCCUGGUGCAGCUUGGUACUACAUUUACAAUAGCAAGCUGCAGUUUGGCUUUGGUGCCAUCAAGAAUCUACAUGAUCUUGAUAUCCCGCGUUAAUCAUUAAGUCCAGCAUUAAUGUUCUCCUUCUCACUUUCCCUCGAUGUGUACCUAUUUCCAUCAUAUGCCUCGCUCUUGAUCAUCGCGCCUGUUCUCAUACUGAAGUCUAGUAGCAUCCAGCAUGGAUUUUCAACAUAAUGUCAUCUAUGAUGUACUACUACUCGACAAGGUUUCUGGUUGUAUUCUGUUUGUUCAGAUUUGUUUCUUUCCAUCGUCUCUCCUUCAGAUCCUGCAGCUUCUUAUCCGUUCUGCCGACGAAAGUAAGGUAUAUUCCUUGCGGCGUGACCUUCCAACAUUCAUGAAUUGUUAUGGUACAACGGAUUGGCUUGAGACUUUUUUGAUGAAGCUAGUAGAAGAAGAAGGGGAGCUUGUAGCAGAUUGUCGAGCUGAACGAAUUGUAAGAAUAUCUAUGACUGAUGGCGGUCCGCGUUUUGGGAGAAAAGAGUUUGUAAGAUUACCAACAACGCACUAGGUGUAGGUGGAUCUUCUGAUUAAGCGCUUCCACCACUCUCGCCUGUAAUGGCACAAACUGAUGGAUCCUCUGGAUUCAAGAGGACGAGCGCUCGUUUAAUUUUCACGUAGCUAGAAUGCAAAAACUAUACUUCUCGUUCGUUCCUCGAAGAUCUUGAUACUAACUAUUAAUGCUACAACAGGUGCAAUAUGAUUGGUUCAUCAUCGUUCAUCUUUCAUAUUCCGUCAAUUCGAAACUUGUUCUUCUUGUGCUCUCUUGUUUCUUCAAAUAGUUUCUAAUGAAGUGAACACCUAUUGCAAUAUUUAUUACGAAUUCCCUCCUCCACCCCUUCAUUAGAGGACGUCAUCCGAUGAGAACCACGCAAAAUGCUGUCACUCAAUAUUGAUUAUUUAAUCAAGUUAGUACCGGGAAGCACAAACUGCGACGAGUGUGGAAGUAGUUCUUAUUCUAGGAUAACCUGCGUGCAGCCACAUCCUCUGUUCUUAUAAUUUACUCGUCAUGAUGAUUUAAAACCUUCUUUUUGCUUUCAUAUCUGGUGCUAAGAUUAUACGUAAACUCUUUACCCCUUUCAAUUAUUGAAUAAAAUCAUGACGGCUCGGUCAGCCCGCUGUCUCUUCUUACAAAGUUUGAAAUGAAUGCACAUAAUCAAUAGAAAGCCGAAUUAUGAACCUUUGCUGUACUCCAUUAAAAUCAUGUCCUGCUCUCCACAUAAAAGAAUCUGAAAUAUUGAAUGCGCCCGGGAGUUCUACAAGAGCAACCUGGUCAACUUGAGACAUGAUAGAAGACGAAGCUACCAUAAGCUCCAUCCACAUUUCAUG